ACAUUUUUGGCAGCUCUCAAGUCCAGACACCUCGUGUGGGAAAAUCUGUCAAAGGUUAUACAACUCGACUGAAAAUGUCCUGUAUUUGUGAAUAUUAUUCUGGCGGUGAAAAUAACCAAACAGGUGAUGACCAGGUGGAUCCCUCAUUGGAAACAACUCCUACUUCUGACGAGAAUGGUCCUGCCGCCGCAAAUUCCACAAAAGAGGAGGAGAAUGACUCAGAAGCCGGCACUAAAGACUUGGAAGUUUCCGCUUCCGACCUGGCCGAUUGUCAGGCCGAAAACUGGCUGCUGAAAAAAAAGCUGCUGGACUACGAGGUGACCAUUGAAAAUCUGGAGCAGCUGGUGACCACCAUAGUGGAGAAGCAGCACCAGAUCCUGAGCGAGAUGUUCCAGCUGCGCAAGGAGAAUCGAGAACUCCUGACAGAGUGCCAAAUGCAGCGCGAGUACCACUUCAUGGAGCGGAAUGCUCUGAUGAAGGAGCUCCACGAUCUUCGCACAUUGCCUGUUGACAAGAGGCGAGUCUUGGUAAUUUCGAUCUGUAGUUUUUGGAAUAUCACAAUUAUCAGAAGCCUAAAAACAGGAGUGUCCUUCGGGCAGCGAAAGGGAGGAAUCCGACGAGGACGUGGUGGAGGAGUACUCUAGCGGAGACGGGAGUGAGGGCCAGACGCAAAACGAUGACACCGCCAGAAGUGAUGAAAGCGGAUCGGAUGAUGAUGAGAAUUACGCUGGCCGUAGCUCGGCUUCGGAGACUUCCGGCAG